AUGACGCCGGAGCUAGUGGGCAACGUCGUGGAUGGAGCCAGGAAGGCCGUGGCCGAGCUCCUGGGCUUAACGGAGGACAUGGUGAAGGUGCAUGUGGUUUCAGACUCAUCGGGACGCCGCUUGAGUGUCGUCAUGAAGCUGGAGGUGGAGCUCCUUGCGGCACCACGGAGCUCCACGGCAUUGCUGGCCUCCGAUGCAGGGCAGGACCUCCUCUCCACUGAGCUCAUGGAGGAGUGGGACUCCUUAGGAGUGCCCUUGGACAACUUCAGCGUGCUCAUUGGUCCGGUGGAGGAGCUUGCCAGCACCACCACAUCUACGCAGAUGCAAGCAACUCUGCAUGUCGGACCCUCUCCCGUCGGAGAUGCCGACACGAACCUCAUGAUCGUAGCGAUUGUGCUGGGCUUUGCAUUUUCAAUGGCCGCUGUCACAGUUUGUUGCUGGAUAUGGCGCCAAAGUCGCGCACUGCAACGGACGCAGCCUGAGGAGGCUUUGCAGUUGCCGAAGACCCCAUGCCCAAAAGGUGACAUAGCGCCUUUGCCGCCUCAGACGUCACCGAAAGGAGGAGUGAGUCCGGCCUCGAUCAUGAGCUCGCCGAAGGCGGAGGGCAUCAGCCACACGCAUAUGCCAUCCAUGGCAUCGGUUGACGAGGAUGGACCAGAGGUACAGCCCGCUCACACUGCAGUGCAGGUGCAGGUCCAGUCGCCCUUAAAUUCCGCCCGCAUGCAGCGCGCGAAGACGCAGGCGAGCAGCGGCGAGGUCAAAGUCGUCCGCACCCAUACGCUGCCGGCCAGUGCGGUCCGGACGGUGGCUAAACCCGCGGCCCAGAAG